AUGCCAGCGGUUUGCAGCACGAUGAAUAAACGAGGAGCCCACGCUGUAGCCAAGAGCUUCAAUUUAACCAUCCGAUGCCCGAGCGGCACGACAGCGGCCCACGGUCUCCAAUACUUGCAUAAGCUCGAGGAAAACGAUCGCAUUGUUCACGUCCGGUUAUCCAAGUUGCUCCUCCCCACGGAAGGUCUACAGCUAUGUGGCCACGCUCGGACAGUCACCUCGAAAGCUACGGCCCAGGAAUGCGAGGUGAGAUUCUUCUUUCAACUCUUUGUCGAACGACAGGAAGGGUUUUCAGCGGCGGAAAAAGACAUCAAGUUCAUCCAAGAAGACGUGUUAAGCACGUGGGCGAUGAAGUUGCGCUCGCAUUAG